UUAAUGCAGUGACCAAAACGACGUGUUUUUUUUCUGAGCAUCGCUUGGUUCAUAUAAAACCCUAAUUUGUCGCUCCGAGUGAUUAGAGAGAGAGAGAUGAUGAGAGCAAUGGAAUUGUUCGGAGAGAUGGAAGAGCAGGUAUCGGCGAUGGCUAUGGAUGUGGACGACGUCGACCCUCUCGAGAUCUUCGCCGAGGGCGUCAUGGCCGCCGACAACAAACUCGCCGACGCCGAUUUCUUCAACACCUUCCAAGACGAUUUCGAUGAUUCUGAUAUCAACUAACACCCCUUUCCUCGUCAAUGCCUUUCGCCUUCAAUAAUUUCUCACUUAGGCUUUCGGUAUCUUGUAUUUUCUUCUCCAUCAUGGAGAAAAAAAUAUGUAAUUUCUCUCUGGGAUUAUCGCGUUAAUAUGAUGGAUGGCUCUUUCGUCAUGAUUCGCCCUCUUUUCUACAA